AUGACGACCUGGACGAAUUUGGUGAGGACAAGCCAUUUCAUCUGGAAUACUACUUACACCUUGACAGAUAUGUCCCUCCUGGAAGGGAUCAGCCAUGAUGCGCCAGACGAUCCCCAAGCAGAAGCAGAACCCUCGCGAGCUCAUAGGCCAUUACCGUUGCACGGUUCCACAAGCAACACCGGAAAUACUGGACCAGCCAGCACGUGGACUGAACCCAACCUCAGAAGGGGGCCGGUGGAAAUACAUGACUGGCACGAGCGUGCUCCUGCACUUCACCCUUUCAGCUCUCCAACAGGUCCUGAUCUGACUAGUCCGACAAUGUCCAUGUUGCAACAUCGUCAACAGAUAAAGUCGGCGAAGGCAGAGAGCACAACUUCAUUCCUACAACAAUCUUAUCCUGGCGAAGAUUUAUACCACGAGGGAAAGCCAUCAAAUCAGCCCUCACCAAGAAUGCAUCAUGCUAGCUUGCCACCUACCACUCAGGGGAUACAGCUGGUCGCUACUAAGACUCUGCCUGGUCGACUCCGCCCAAUCUUCAAGUUUGAGAUGUUCAAUGCAGUUCAAUCUAAAUGUUUUGCAAGUGCAUUUGGCACUGAUGACAAUCUGGUGGUAUCCUCCCCUACCGGCAGUGGGAAGACUGUCAUUAUGGAGCUUGCCAUAUGCAGACUCGCCGCGGAGUCGACCGCCGGCGACUUCAAGGUUGUCUACCAAGCUCCGACAAAAGCUCUUUGCUCCGAAAGAAAUCGCGACUGGCAGACCAAAUUCGGCCACUUGAACUUGAAAUGUGCUGAACUGACAGGUGAUGCCGAUUCUAAUCACUUGCGCAACGUGCAGAGUGCAAAUAUCAUCAUUACAACUCCAGAAAAAUGGGACAGUGUGACUCGCAAGUGGAAAGAUCAUGCCAGACUGAUUCAAUUGGUGAAGCUAUUCCUCGUCGAUGAAGUGCACAUUCUCAAAGAAAACCGUGGCGCCACCCUGGAAGCCGUUGUAUCUCGAAUGAAGUCUAUCGGAGCCAAUAUCAGAUUCGUGGCACUCUCUGCCACGGUUCCGAACUCCGAAGAUAUCGCCACAUGGCUUGGACGGAAUUCAACUAUGCAACACAUGCUAGCGCAGAGGGAGGUUUUUGGUGAAAACUUCCGGCCAGUUCAACUGACGAAACAUGUCUACGGGUUCGCAGCUAGAGGUAACGACUUCGCAUUUGAGUCGAUGCUCACACAGCAACUACCAGGAGUUAUUGCACGCCACGGACAUGGGAAACCCGUGAUGAUCUUUUGCUCAACCCGGAAUGCAUCUACAACGACUGCCAAGAAGUUGGCUGAUAUGUGGAUAGCCUCAAUUCCAUCUCAGCGUUUGUGGAAAGGUCCGACGACACCGCUAACACUCACGUCUCAGGAUCUCAAAGUCACAUCUGCUGCAGGUGUGGCAUUUCACCAUGGAGGGCUGGACCAGGUUGACCGCAGGACUAUCGAGAAUGCUUUUCUAACCGGCCAGAUCAAUGUGAUCUGCAGCACAUCUACACUUGCCGUCGGUGUUAACUUUCCCUGCUACUUAGUCAUCCUCAAAGGGACAAGUGCCUGGUCGGACAAUGGUUUACAAGAAUAUGCUGAUCUAGAGGUGAUGCAAAUGCUUGGAAGAGCCGGUCGGCCGCAGUUUGAGACGUCCGCUUGUGCAGUCAUACUAACAAGAAAAGAGAAGGCUGAAAGAUAUGAGAAAAUGGUGUCAGGAGAAGGCAUUCUUGAGAGUUGCCUGCACCUGAACUUGAUCGAACAUCUCAACGCCGAGAUUGGAUUAGGAACUGUGUAUGAUUUUUCAACGGCCAAAACCUGGCUUGCGAGCACAUUCCUUCACGUUCGCAUGAAGAAAAACCCUUCCCACUAUCGCUUCAAAGAGGGGAUCGAUACAGUUUUGGAGGAUGAUCUGCUGGAACAAUUGUGCCAAAAAGACAUUGCAUUACUCAUCAAUGCCGGCCUCGUGAAGGAACAAGCUCGAUUGGUAUCAACUGAAUACGGACAAAUCAUGGCACGAUACUAUAUCAAUUUCGAAACGAUGAAGUCUUUCAUUAACCUGCCUCCCAAAGCAAAGAUGUCGGAAAUUUUGUCGAUCUUAACCCAGGCCAAGGAAUUUCGCGACGUUCGCAUGAUGGCAGGAGAAAAGUCAUUCUACAAAGAGAUCAAUAAAGCCCCGGAAAUCAAGUUUCCGGUCAAGGUGGAUGUGGCACUCCAGGCGCAUAAAGUGUCACUCUUGAUUCAGGCCGAGUUGGGCAAUGUCUUGAUUCCGGACAAUGACAACUACAGAAAGCACCACCAGCAGCACCGGAUCGACAAAUCGACCGUUUUCAGUCAUGCGAAUCGCCUCAUCCGGUGCAUCAUUGAUUGUCAGAUUUAUUUCAAGGACUCGGUGUCCGCAAGAAAUGCUCUGGAAUUGGGUCGGAGUCUUGCUGCCCGUGUCUGGGACAACACCGCGAGUCAAUUGAGACAACUGGACGGUCUCGGAGAGGUUUCCGUCCGCAAACUCGCUUCGGCUUCCAUCAACGGCAUUGACGUUUUGCUCAACACGGAGCCGUCUCGUAUCGAGGUGGUACUCGGAAAGAAUCCUCCUUACGGACACGAUCUUCUCAAGAAGCUCGAAAGCUUCCCGAACUUACGAGUGUGCGUAAAAGAGACAGGGAGAGACUUGAAGCGUGGGACUGGUGCAACAAUCAAGCUUGUUGCUGAGAUCGGAUUUCUCAACGAGACUCCACCAUUGGUAUUCAAAAGAAAGGAUAUCUAUGUCUGUUUGCUAGUGGAAACUUCGGACGGGACUCUGAUAGAUUUCCGAAGAUUCAGCGCCAAAAAUCUGCUCAAAGGACAGCAGGUGUUCUUAUCGACAGUGGUGACCAAGCCUACAAGCAAUAUCAGUUGUUAUGUGAUGUGCGAUGAAAUUGCAGGGACGAGCAAAUAUGCUGAGCUACGGCUGACAGACAUACCUAGCUCGUUUUUUCCAAGGCAGCAAGGUCCUUUUUCUGAGAUUGCCAACAAUAACAAGCCACAAGUCAAGGAUGGACGUACCGACGAGUUUGACGACGGUGGCGUCGAUGAUCAAGACCUUCUAGCUCUCGAAACGAAUGAGCAUGAUAUUUCAGAUGUGCAAGAUAUCGACAAGAUCCUUCAAGAAGAAGAGAAGACAAGGGGCAAAUCUAACGGUGGACGGCGCGGUUCGGAACUUGCACAGAAGCGGAACCGCGAUCAUAAGGACGAGGGUGAUGCCUCGUCUUACAGAGAGCCAGUCCAGCUUGCUAACGGACGAUGGACAUGUCAGCAUGAUUGCGUCCAGCAUCACCGAGACUGCAAACAUAAGUGUUGCAAAGAAGGCGUUACCAAACCCAAGCGUCGUCCAAAGGCUCCAGACAAAAAGCAAAUGAAGAUUACUGGACUGAAGCAUGUGAGACGGAAAGCUGAACCUGGAGGGAGCAGUGGGGGUCAUCUCGAGCAGGUUUCCAAUUCCAAAGCGACGAGUAAUGUCGGCAUCGACAAUGGAGGCAAAACACCGAUCAAUGAACAUGUCAGUAAAAAGUUGAAACUGUCAGACCCAGAUCAGGGUGACCAAUCCUCGGGAGACAAUGGCAAGGUCCAAGCCCAACAUAACAGACUCGACGUCCAAGCAAUAGAGAAAGCCAAUGAUCUGCAUCCAGCGAUUGGUGACUCAGAUGACGAAUUUCUGUUCUCAGACGACCUCCCUGAUGUUUUCCCGAUUGACGGAGCUGCCAAGGGGACAUGUCGUAAUGAGCUGAACAUCACCGCUACAAACCCAGAGACGAAGCCUCCGGAUCAUGGUGAUGAUGAUUUUCCGGACAUAUUGAGGUAUGAGGUCGAUCUUUGUGGCUUUGAGCCCUCAUCCCGGAAAGCCACUACAAGUGACGUUGUGGGUCCUGGCAAAGGCCUUCUCAUUACUGGUUUUAGUAGCAGUCCCGUCGAGCAAUGGCCAAGCAGCGAAACUAAUGUAGCGUCCGAAGACAAGUCCCCUGGAUCUCUACGAAGAACAAGAGAUCCUCAAAUAGGCAGGUUGAGAUCUUCAUCUGCGGCAACUGGUGUCAUGGAGUGGAGCAAGUCUCAUCCAAUUGAAAGCACGAAUCGAACCUCAAGAGAUGUGGUGGAUAUGGAAGCUUCAUAUCCUUUAGCAUCUAUCGAUCAAACGCCGGAGGAGAGACAGAUGUGUUUGUAUGAAGCGGAAGAGAAAAAGAAAUGGGAAGGAAUAGAUUCGUGGCUUUACGAUGAGUUCCGUGAAUAUGUCGAGAUUGUUUAAGCAAGCGGGGGGCGAUGUACAACAAGAUUGUGAUGAAAGUAUCUGAACCAGUUUCAGUCACCUAUGAUAGGCGGAGGAUGGUACGAGUGCAGUACACUCGUUCUGUUUGAAGAGAUACAGUCAUGUUUGGAAGAAAGACGAUAUGGUCGGAAAAGCUUCAUAGGUCAAACCUUUUU